CUUAUUUAUUUAUAACAUGUUAAACUAUUAAAUAUUUUUUGGCUGUUAGUAUUAAAUAUAUUCAUAUAUGCAUAUUCAUACUUAAUUACUAUCAUAUGGCUUAGAAAUAGUUUGCUCUUAAUAUAUGAGACAUACUUUAAAGUGUAGUUCAGUGUAAUCAGCUGUUUGGUUGCUUAUCGGUAAAAGUCUUAUCGAUAAUUGUGUGUAGCUGCAUUUGAUUUGGCAGUUCAAUUUUUAAAUAUUUGCAGGUUUAUUACUGAAAAUGUCGCAACCAUCUGGUGAAUUCCGUUGCCGAGUUUGCCUUAAACAGGAUGAACUCCUGGUGGAUAUUUAUGAGAUCGUAGAAGAGAUGCAGGUAGACCUGUGCACCUUGUUGGAAACGUGUGGCGGCAUAAAGGUAGACCGCAGAGAUGUGCAGCCAAUGUAUUUAUGCCAGGAGUGCACCAACGAGCUUCUCAUCGCCGCAAAGUUUCGCAAAAAGUGCGAGGAGUCGGAGAAGUUGCGCGAUAUGGCUCGCGAGAUGAGCAUGGACACGGCAGAACGCCUAGCUUCGGAGGAAAUAAUUAUUAUUGAUCCCAGCGACUAUAUUGAACAGCUCUCCGCUGUGGAGGAUCCCGAAAAUGAACCUAUUGGAGUUUCACGCUGGAACUGGCAGCAUUGUGGCGCUGGUUUCCAGCAAUCGGAAGCACUGCGUCGGCACAUCCAAAAAGUCCAUGCUUCAAUAACUAUUAUUGACUGUAGGGAUUGCAGGCGGAUCUUUACGAAAGUGGGUUGCUACCAGGUCCACAAUUGCUCUCAUGCCAAGUCACUCAAACGUAAGCACAAGUGCCUGGAGUGCGGUAAGUGCCUUCAAUCCGCCUCUAGUCUGGCAAGCCACAUUCGCCUGCACACCGACGAAACGGCCUUCACCUGCGAUCAGUGCGCCUUCAGGACCAAUGGAGCAUUGGAGACUCAUCUGAGGCGCCACAAGCAGGUCAUGCAGCACAAGUGUCCGCACUGCGGACGUGGAUUUGUAGAAUCCAGCAACUUGCGACGCCAUAUAGUUGCCAGGCACCCGGAGGAACGUCCGCAUCUUUGCAACUUCUGUCAGCGCAGUUUCUCCAGGGUCUACAUGCUGGAGCUGCAUCUUCGUACACACACUGGCGAACAAGACAAACGUUUUGCCCAGCUGGGAGUCCUCAAGAGUCACGAGCGGAUCCAUACCGGUGAACGCCUGCACCGCUGCCAAGUGUGCGAAAAAACUUUUACGCGGGCGGGACAGCUCCGAAAGCACGCGUUGCGUCAUGAAACCGAGCAGUGAUAAGUUGCAGAUCGCCGCUUUGGGCCAAUGAACUCUGAUCGCGGCCAAGGUAACAGAUAUCAGCAGCCCUAUCUGUGACUUCGGCAGCUUCUUUCAAUGCCAAGGUGAGGCAUACAGCCCACAGCGAUUUGUUUUGCAAAGUCCAAGGCUCUUCUUACAUCGGAUAAAAAUCAGGACAACGACCGCUACAGUGGUACAGUACACUAAGUUGCCAAAUGAAGUGCCAUGGGACGAAUUUGAGAGUUGUGCCUCUAAAGUGAGAGGCCUUGUCUGUGUCUCAUUGCCUUCCUGCUUAAAUCAAAUUCCGCAGAGCAGCUGUAUAAAAAUCAGUUAUGCUUAAGAAAUCCUAAGCCCAGAAAGAACACUAUUCAGUUUUGAUUUUUUAAAUUCUUUAUUGCAUGCAGGUAAGAGUUAGUAAUGUUUCCUUUUGUAAUUGGUUUACAUUUGCUUUGACUUGCAAUUAUCCUAAAAGUUACAACAAGUGACGCAGGUAUAUGCUAUAAAUAUCCGUAUAAUGUAUAGAUGUAUAUCGGGCUUGUAUGGUAUAUUCUUUAGAUGAAUUUAAAUUAUAAUUGAAGAGACAAACUUGUACUCGUAAAUAACUAGGUUGAGAGCACGAAUUGUCGUUUGAUUUUUAUUUCCAUAUCUAACCCGCUCUCGGGACAUCUUCGAUCCUAUUUGUACAAUAUUGUUUAUGUAUAUUUAUAUAUGGUUGUAUUUAUAAAUAUGGUUAGUCAUCUUUUGAUUUGA